AUGGAUGAAUCCAACAUGCAGCUGCCUACCGAAGGCACUAGACGACCACCGUCAGUUCCAUCAAGUCCAGCCGCCUCAUCUAUUUACGGAAUCGCUCGGCGUCAUGCCAGAGAAAGCCUCAUUAUCGAGCCACGCCUUUGGACUAGCCGUCAGCUCGAGCUACUACGAAUCUCCUUUGAUGAACCCUCACCUGCGCCAAAAAUAGAUCGCACAGAUAAUUAUAGCGGACGUGGCAUUACAGCUCCUAAGAGGGGCCCUUCGCCAUUCAGCUCUUACUGGUUCGCAUUCUUCCCAUUGUCUGUUUACAUAGUUUUACCUAACUGGAAGAUAUCACACAGGGAUGCCCUUCCCAUUAACUUGGAUAGUCCCAGCGGCAAAGGGCUCUACUCCACAGCACCCGGCCAAGGCAUUUACCUUCCACAACAACGAAGGUCUGUUCUCGAGGUAGAAAAACCGGAAGAUUUGUCUACAUUGAAGAUAUACCCAUCGCAAGUUCUGUUCUCGUAUGAAUCUAAGAACUACGUAUAUCUUUACAAAACAGCUAUCCCUUCCUCCCUUUUAGACAUGUUUGAUUAUCCUAAUAUUGCACUACCAGAGUUGCCUCAGAUAUUGAUUCAGGCUUUCAAGAUUCCUCGCACGCCCGUUGCCGCCGAUCAUCCAAUGAAAACAGAAGAUUAG